CGCCAUUUUGGAGUGACGGCAGCCAAUCUAACGGAACAUAACGGAAGCACCCACAAGGUAGCGUUUGACAAGUGUCGUCGCCAUGGGGAAUAUGUUCGCUACCCUCUUUAAGGGCCUGUUUGGCAAGAAAGAGAUGAGGAUCCUAAUGGUGGGCCUGGACGCCGCCGGGAAGACCACCAUCCUUUAUAAACUCAAGCUCGGAGAAAUAGUCACCACCAUUCCCACCAUCGGUUUUAAUGUCGAGACGGUAGAGUACAAGAACAUCAGCUUCACCGUGUGGGACGUGGGCGGUCAGGACAAAAUCCGCCCGCUGUGGCGCCACUACUUCCAGAACACUCAAGGUCUCAUCUUCGUGGUGGACAGCAACGACCGGGAGCGCGUGAACGAGGCCCGAGAGGAACUCUCUCGAAUGCUGUCGGAGGACGAGCUCCGAGAAGCCGUUCUUCUGGUCUUCGCAAACAAGCAGGACCUCCCGAACGCCAUGAACGCCGCCGAGAUCACGGACAAGCUGGGCCUGCACUCGCUGCGCCAACGCAGCUGGUACAUCCAGGCCACGUGCGCCACCAGCGGCGAUGGCCUCUACGAGGGCCUCGAUUGGCUGUCCAACCAGCUCAAGAACCAGAAAUGAGCGUUCCGCGCGCCACCCGCCGACCGACCGACACACACACACACGCGUCUUUCUUGUUUCUUUGGACCGACACACGCGUCUUUCUUGUUUCCUUGUUCUAUUUCCGCACGCCCCCCCCCCCCCCCCCCCCCUUUCCCUCAUGUCGGGGGAAAUAACGCUGGCGUGCCUUUUACACCCGUGUGGACCCCGAGCUCCCUCUGUUUAAAACCCCCCCCCCCCCCCCCCCCCCCCCCCCCGAGGAAGCAUGCUUUUCAUUGCCCCGCCCCCUCACCGUAUUAAAUGCCUGAUUGCUAGAUGUCAUUUCACUCCUGUAAGAAGCAUUUAACCUGUAUCAGGUCAGAGUUCACCCCCCCCCGACCCCCUGCUGUCAAGCAUGAAAAUCAUGCUUCCUCUACAAUCACAGCUGAGCCCCCCACCCCAGCACAAGGCGCGUUUGUGGGAGGAGUCUUGUGGAAACAUUUCAAACAAACAUUUAUUUUCAUUUUUUUUCCCUACUUGUUCUCGUUCUUCCUGUCACGCAAUUCUAUUUGUACUUCUGACUGCGCAACCAACCAAAACCAUCCCAGCAGUUUUGACGACGACAACAACAACAACAACAAAAUGUCCAGGAGCCAGCCAGGAAGUUUUGAAGUCGCCCAGCGGCGGGCGGCGUCGCCGUUCGGUUCGGAAGAAGGAUUGGGGCACCGGAUCAGAUGGCCCCACCACACGGGCGAGAAGGGUGCGCGCUCGCGUGGCAGGAGAGGACGGCGGGCGGGUCUGCGGGGACGGAGUCAGCGGGCCACCCGCGCCGUCCUCAGCCCGCCGCAAUGAUUGUAAAUGUGUAAACUGUUUUGUGGGCUUUCCUCAACACAUAUUAAGAAAAAUAAAACGUGAGUUGAUCAAAAAAAAAAGAACGCGCCAUGACGUCAUCACGCACCGCAAACACCAUUCACACGUGUGCUGGGCCGCCAGGUGGCACCAAAGAACCGGCAACAAAAGCACAAGACAAUUGGAAGUGUUCAUUUGUACAACCAGCUUUUUAAUUAAAUUAUUAAUGACAUCCUUUUCA